GAUUUUUACUGGCCCAAGCGCGAUGACGCUCGGAAGGUACUCCCCGCUGUACCCGACGCACAUGCCGCUCAACCCGCUCCAGAAGGGCGCGGUGGCUCUGCUGUCUGCUGUAGGCGCGCUCAUGAGGCCUCAGCGCGGUGACCUGGUGGCGGCGGUCGGCGAGACGGUGGGCAGCGGCCUGGUGCUGCCGGCGCUGAGGGACCGCAUGCGCGCGCACCCGGUGGGGCGGCAGAUCCUGGAGGAGCGCCCACGCAUCACGGACGAUACGCUGGACGCCUGCCGCGCCAUGCCCCCCGGCACCUUCGGCGCCGCCUAUUCGCAGUUCAUGGGCGACCGUCGCUUCCACGCCAACGACCGCCCGCCCGUCAGGUUUGUGGACGACGAGGAGCUGGCCUACGUGGUCACCCGCGCCCGCGAGGUGCACGACCUGUGGCAUGUGCUGUUCGACUGCCACACCAACGUGUUUGGAGAGCUGGCGCUCAAGGGACUGGAGUUCGUGCAGACCGGGCUGCCCAUGACUGGGCUGGCGGUGUUGGGCGCUCAGUACCGGCUGGGGCCUGGCGACCGCGAGCUGCUUCAGCGCCACUACCUGCCCUGGGCGCUGCGGGCCGGCAGCCGCUGCGCCGACCUGCUGUGCAUCUACUACGAGCGCCACUUCCAGGAUGAGCUGGAGCAGGUGCGCAAGGAGUUCCGCAUCAUCCCCGCGCCGCCGCCGCCGCAGCACCUGCGCUUCAAGGGAGCCAAACAGCCGCCGCAGCAGCCGCAGCAGCAGCUGCUGGUGGCAGGGAGCAGCAGCGGCAUGCCGGGACCGGUGGCGGCGGCGGCGUUGACGACGCCACAGAAGUCGUGAAGGAGCCAGACGGAGGGCUCAGCCCGUUUGUGAAUGCUGUUGAAUGGGAUUGGGACGUUGAGAGGGGCAGUGCGCUGGCAGUGAGCUGGCGUCAGGCGCCAGGUCGUGCUCGUCGUGAGAGCAGGGAUGUCUAGCAGCAGCAGAUAGAUGGUAGCAGCAUGGCAUGGCGGCUUGCUGCUGUGGCCGGGUGCCGUGGCCGGGUGCCGUGGCCUCCGCAACAGCACAUGCAGCGACCCCGCGGUCGCGGCACAUGCAGCAGAUCAGCACAUGGUGCCAGCCGCAAGCCGCCCUUCCGCGCAGGACCAGUCUCCUCGGUUCGCCUACCAUCGCGCCCCCACAGCCCCUACUGGCUUGACGCAACCGCCGGUGAGGGUGCUGCGCCAGCACCCAGGCAGCCUGCACCUCUAUCCCGCACAGGCCCACACAGCAGCGCACAGUCACAGCGGACACCGCGCAGGCACACGACGCACGGAGUGAGGUCGGGACUCAGCCAGCGGCGCCGCAGUCGCAUGCAGCGGAGCGCACUGUGUCCGACCAGCUUACGGGCUGCGGGCGAACGUUUUGUGUGGGCCACAUGGGGCUGUAGCAGGAUCUGGCAAGGAGGGCUGCUGCCGCUUUACCAGCGCUUACUUAUGCUGCUGCUGUGUGCCAGCCGGUGUGUGUGGUGAACGCGGUGUGGUCUGGGGUGGACAGUCAGACAUGUGGGACCAGGGGUGCGGGGUGGCCAACUCGCCCCAUGUGAUCGGCAACGGUCGGCAACCGCCCCCAAUUCCCAGUUGCGACCAGGCCCCGGCCCGAUUUCUUUGCAUAGACCUAUAAGGAGUACCCCAUAGAAGACCCCUGGCGCGCCGGGCGACUAUAUGACGGUGGCCGAAAACAUGCUUGCCGACGCAAAUUGGAACCUCGGCUUGGAGGCAGGGAGAGCUGCGCGAUAGCAACCUAUGGACCUGUCUUACAUUGGAGUUUUGAAGCAGCUUUGUUUCAGGACUUCGGGGGCCUACUACAAGCAGGGAGGGGCUUCCAUGCGACCGGCGAGGUGCAAUUUCGAGCCGGAGUUCAAAAGCAAGACUGCGCAAUAACAGGCGCCAGCGCUGCUUUGAUACUUGACAUGUAACAACAAAUUUGG